UUUGCAUAUCUCAAUAAUAAAUUAACAUCAUUAACAAUUAACUGAUUAAUCUCAGAUAAGAUAGUAUAAUUUGGAGUAUGUAUUAUACUAUCUAAUAAUAACAAUAUCUUACAAAAACUUGACGCUUGUGUGGUGCGCAAUACAAAAUUGUUAUUGUUAAUAAGUUAAAAAAUAUGAUAUAAAACACCAUGCUACACAAAAACCUGUAUACAGUAAACAUUUCAAAUUAACGGAACGUCAAAUUUUAUUGCACUCGCAUUAACAGGCCAGGACAGAUUUAACACCAAUCCAGCGGGUGUUCUAUAAGAUAGCAUUACAGGUUCUUGUAUAGCUCAUUGUACCUCAUCCAAGCAAUAUAUUAGGUAUUUUUUACAGUAUUUGUCAAAAAUACAACCUACAUCAUUGUAAUCAGAUUCAAGCAAAUCAUAUUUAAGUCUAAAAUUUGGUCAACUAGAGGUAAAUAUAUCUCAAAAUAUAUGAUGGUUGUAUUUAAUAAGUUCAUUUUCAAUUUUCAGUUUCUAGAAAAUUCCAUUUCUAAUUAUAUUCUACUAUUCUUUGGAUUUUUUUCUGUUUUACUUGAAGUAAUAUUCCGCUGUAUUACCAGCUUACCAGCACAGCAAGGAAAGGAACCACCUGAGUGUGAGUCACUGGCAUCUUCGAGACAAAGAGAUAUUGAGGAAAACUGUGGAGAUCUAUAUAAAAAAGUUGACAAAGAGGUCUGGACCACUGAUCAAGAUGAAGUCGUAAAGGAACUUGCUGAUUUGGCCAUUAAUUGUUUCAUAAGGAAAAGGAACAACUCAGAUAAAAGAUGCACGUUCAAAGAUAUAUUUAAGAAACUUGAUGCUCUUAUGAAGAAAGAAAACAUUCCAGGAUACGAGGGUAAUAUACAUACCAGAUGUAUCUGCUGCCAGUUACAUCCUCUGUCUAGAGGUAGGUGCUAAGAAUAA